UCUGAAAUAGCCACUGCAGAUCAGUGCCAAGUCUGUUUGGCCAAAGUUAUGGAUCCGGCAGAAUUAAGGUACUUAGAAGAUGAAGAUACUCCGUUGAUGAAAACAAUUAAGGGUGCUACUUCAGGUCUAGUCGCUGGUACUAUAUGGGGAACCAUCGUUGCGACCUGGCAGGACGUGCCUCGUGUUGAGAGAAGAGUUGCACUUCCUGGGCUGAUCCGGACUCUAAAGAUGAUGGGAAACCAUGGGAUUACUUUUGCUGCCAUUGGUGGGGUUUAUAUUGGUGUAGAACAGUUGUUGCAGAAUUAUAGGAUGAAAAGAGACUUUAUCAACGGAGCUGUUGGUGGGUUUGCAGCUGGUGCUACUGUUGUGGGUUACAAAGGAAAGAGCAUUGCAACUGCACUAUCUGCAGGAGCUGCCCUUGCAGCCACUUCUGCUUUUAUUGACGUUGGAGGUCAGACCACCAGAAUAGAUAAUGGCAAGGAGUAGUACCCAUACACCACCAAGAAGAGGGCUAGUGCUGAUUAAGUCGUCUUGCUGAUAGGUGUGGAAGGCUGUUGGAACAUGUACAAGUGGAAGGAUUCAACUGUUUUUUAGUCUGCUGCUUUUUCUUUGUUAGGGGAUGGUCCAUACUCCUGGACUAUGU